AAGCUAGGAAGCUACCCGUACCAAUAGCUCACUCAACUCAAUUUGGAAUCUCAGCUCAUGAGACCUAAAGACAAUUACCAAAUCUUCAAACUUCAAAGCUACCUUUUUCCUUUUAUUUUUUAACCAUACAAAAGAAACCAGACUGUUUCACUUACCAAAUCCCGUUAAAAAGGUUCAUGCUUGCACUAAAAUCUUUGGCUAAAUCAAAGCUUUCACCUUUUUAACCAAAUCCAACAACUCUUACACCGACCCAUCUGAGCCAACACGACUGGCUUUUGUUGAUGGCUACAUGUGUAUCAAAAACACCAAGAUAAGGCCUAAGAAAGUAGAUAGAUAGGUCUCAAGACUUAUUUACAUGAAAGACACAUCAUUGGCGUGCUUUAUUCAAGGAAACUUCGUUUAAGCAUUAAGCUUCACUGUGGUCUUUAAUGGUUUGGUUGGGUGUACUUGGUUUUGAGUUGCAGUUCACCUGAACAAGUUGAGCUGGUGACGGGGCUAUUUGAACUAAUCAGCCAAUGGGAUUCUGCCUAUCUUUGCUUUUCCUCUUGGCUUCUUUUCCUGUGAUUUUCACUCAAGAUGUUAAACAUGUUACAAUUGUGGUUGAUGGGACUGUCAAAAUUGCUGAGACUGAUGAUAAUUUCAUCUGUGCUACCCUUGAUUGGUGGCCUCAUGAUAAGUGUAACUACGACCAAUGUCCAUGGCAUUAUUCUUCUGUCAUAAAUUUGGACUUGUCUCAUCCUCUUCUUGCAAAAGCUAUCCAAGCUUUCAGGUACUUGAGGAUAAGAAUUGGAGGUUCUUUGCAAGACCAAGUACUGUAUGAUGUAGGAAAUUUAACGUCUCCUUGCCAUCCAUUUAGAAAGAUGAAAGAUGGACUGUUUGGAUUUUCAACAGGAUGUUUACAUAUGCAACGGUGGGAUGAGCUGAACCAUUUAUUCAGUAGAACAGGGGCCAUUUUGACCUUUAGCUUAAAUGCCCUCUAUGGGAGGCACAAGAUCAGGAGGGGAGUAUGGGGAGGAGCUUGGGAUUCCAGUAAUGCUCAUGAUUUUAUGAAGUACACUGUCUCAAAGGGAUACAAGAUAGAUUCAUGGGAAUUCGGUAAUGAGCUGAGUGGAAGCGGCGUUGGUGCAAGUGUCAGUGCUGAACUCUAUGGGAAAGAUGUGAUCAACCUUAAACAUAUUAUCAAUGAUUUGUAUAAAAACUCUGUCUACAAACCUUCGCUUGUGGCACCUGGAGGAUUUUAUAACCAGCAGUGGUUUGCUAAGUUUCUUCAGGUUUCAGGUUCAGGCACUGUCAAUAUCAUGACUCAUCAUAUAUAUAACUUAGGUCCAGGUGUCGAUCCCAACCUUGUGAAUAAGAUAUUAGAUCCUCAUUAUUUGAGCAAGAUAUCAGAAACGUUCAGUGGUCUUGUGCAAAUCAUUCAAGAGAAUGGUCCUUGGGCUUCUGCAUGGGUCGGAGAAUCUGGUGGGGCCUAUAACAGUGGCGGUCGUCAUGUGUCUAAUACAUUUGUGAACAGUUUUUGGUACUUAGAUCAGCUUGGAAUGGCAUCAAAGUACAAUACCAAAGUAUAUUGCAGGCAGACACUAAUUGGUGGAAACUAUGGUCUUCUCAAUACAACCACAUUUGUGCCCAACCCUGAUUACUACAGUGCUCUUCUGUGGCAUCAACUUAUGGGGAAAGGCGUUCUUGCUGUUGGUAGCGAUGCUUCACCAUAUCUACGUGCUUAUGCCCAUUGUUCGAAAAGAAGAGCAGGAAUAACAUUACUACUAAUCAAUCUAAGCAAUCAGACUGAUUUUGUAAUCAGUGUACAAAAUAGUGCAACAAUGAAGUUGCAUGUGGAAAAGAACAUUCAAAGAGAGAACUCUUUCGUGCGCGGCCUUAAGCGAUCAGUUUCAUGGGUUGGAAACCAAGCAUUAGAUGGAGUAUUAAAAAGAGAGGAGUACCAUUUAACUCCGAAAGACGGGUAUCUCCGUAGCCGAACGAUGGUUCUGAACGGAAUCCCAUUACAGCUUACGAAAGAUGGAGACAUUCCAGCCAUGGAACCUGUUCAUACCGAUGUGAAUUCUCCUAUAUACAUCAGUCCGUUGUCGAUUUCGUUCAUAGUGUUGCCUAAUUUUGAUGCUCCAACUUGUGCAUAACAUGCUGCACUUGUUGCUGGGCUUCAUAAUUAUUCUGUGCUGUAUAUGAAUCUACAGAGAAUGUAAUUUUGUGGUAGUUACCAUUCUGAUCAAUUGUAAUUAUGACAUAUUAUAGUUUGUGCAAUAAUAUUGUGAGGGAAGAAUAAUAUGUAAUGCUUCAUUUGUUAAUUGAAUGAAUUUUAUAAAGUAUGAAAGUCAA